UGGACGUGUGGUUUGUGGUAGUUUGGUCGAAAGUGUGUUGAUUUUGAGUUUUGGCGUUGAAGAUUUGAAUGUGUGAAUUUUGGCGCGCUCGUCGCACUUCCUGUUCUGCGUGCACGGUCUGGUCGUCUGGUACUACAGGGCAGCGCCAUAUUGACAAGAGGCGGCUGCUGUUUGUCGUGAAAUGUGUUUCUAGUGGUGGUUUGAGGUGUUUCGGUGUCGUAGUCGUUGCGAAUCGAUGGACCGCAGGUCGUGCUAUGGCCACGGUGUCGCUCGGUCGAGGGGCUAGUGUCGUGUAGUCGUCGGAGGCCGUCGUAACCUCGCCUAGCGCCGCCGAGGGCAGCCGCCCUAAUCCCGCUCCGAAGGCCGUGGAUGAGGCUUCUGCAAUCCGCUUACCCUAACAGGAUCAGCUUCAGCCCCGCUAUAAGAGCAUGCCGGCCCGACCCAAGCACCACACCCAGCCGACCGCGAUGGGAACGCUCGCUCUCUAGGUGUGUGCAGGUCUAGUCGGCGUGGAUGCGAGCUAAGGGGGCCCCCCAAGACCAUGACCAUGCAGUGUUGCCAGUCGGAUGAGGCUAGGGAACAGAAACGCAUCAACGCUGAAAUCGAAAAACAACUCCGGCGAGAUAAGCGAGAUGCACGACGCGAACUCAAACUUUUGCUGCUGGGCACAGGAGAAUCUGGCAAAUCCACGUUCAUUAAACAGAUGCGAAUCAUUCAUGGUGCUGGAUACUCUGAUGAAGACAAAAGGGGAUUUAUCAAACUGGUCUAUCAGAACAUCUUUAUGGCCAUGCAAAGCAUGAUCAAGGCUAUGGAUCUAUUAAAAAUUCAAUAUGCCGAGUCUUCCAGUCCAGGAAAAGCCGAAUUAAUCAAGUCAGUCGAUUACGAAACGGUAACAACAUUCGAAAGUCCAUUUGUAGACGCAAUUAAAGAUCUAUGGAACGAUGCCGGAAUCCAGGAAUGUUACGACCGCCGUAGAGAAUACCAACUUACGGAUUCUGCCAAAUACUACUUGCAGGAGAUAGACCGGGUCGCAGCGCCCGACUAUCUGCCAACAGAGCAGGACAUCUUGCGUGUGCGAGUGCCCACCACCGGCAUCAUAGAAUAUCCAUUCGAUCUGGACGAGAUCAGGUUUAGCUAUCUUAGCGACCUGGAGCGAAUAAGAGCUCCUGAUUAUCUACCCACCGAGCAGGACAUCCUCAGGGCGAGAGCGCCUACGACAGGAAUCAUUGAAUAUCCUUUUGAUCUCGACUCCAUUAUUUUUAGAAUGGUUGAUGUUGGAGGACAAAGGUCCGAAAGAAGGAAAUGGAUUCACUGUUUUGAAAAUGUAACAUCUAUCAUAUUUUUAGUAGCUUUAAGCGAAUACGACCAGAUUCUAUUCGAAUCCGAAAAUGAGAAUCGUAUGGAAGAGUCGAAGGCACUCUUCAAAACCAUCAUAACAUACCCAUGGUUCCAGCACUCGUCUGUCAUUUUAUUUUUAAACAAAAAGGAUCUACUUGAAGAAAAAAUCAUGUAUUCUCAUCUUGUAGAUUACUUUCCAGAAUACGAUGGACCGAAACAGGAUCAUAUCUCGGCGAGAGAAUACAUUUUGAAAGUCUAUUUGCGUGAAAAUCCCGAUCCUGAACGCAGUUGUUACUCUCAUUUCACAACAGCAACAGAUACGGAAAACAUUAAACUUGUGUUUUGUGCUGUCAAAGAUACUAUAAUGCAGACGGCACUGAAAGAGUUUAAUUUAGCUUAAAUUUGCAUGGAGAGUUAAGACACUGAGAAUAUAAAGUUUGUAUUUGCGGCUGUCAAAGAUACGAUACUGCAGUCAAAUCUCCGCGAGUACAAUUUGGUUUAGGAGGAAAAAAUCGUGGUACGAAUCCGGAUCACAUCAGGAAUAAACCAAGGACCCCAAUUGUGAUGUUAUUCUAAUUUACUGUCGAUUAAAUUUAUUUGUGUCCAAGUGUGCGCUUAGCUUAGUGGCUGCGUUGGAGUAAAUCUAGUGCCAUUUUACUAGUAAUGGUGUCCCUCGAUGGAUUAAAGCCAAAGUGUUUUUUUAACAGACUGCGAAAGCAUUAUGACUAUGAUUCAUUACUAUAAAUAGUAUUGUUAUAUAUAAUAUAUUAAAUUAAUGUAGAAAUAGAAUGUAAGAACACUAAACUUUUCCCCCAUUAUAUUUGCAAAUAUUUUGAACAUGUGCAGUUCUUAAGAGGCCGUCAUAGCAGUUAAAUUCAUAGAUCGAAAGAAACUUUUUCGACAAAAUAUGAUGCUUUUAUUUGCAUGAGUGUCGUCGUCUAUCAGUCAGAUUUUGUUGUUUAGCGCGAUCAAUAUUUGACUGUUUCGACGGCAUUACGUAAUUCAAGACUGCCAGUGUCUAUGAAAGCUAUUUGCAGCGAGAGAGAUGUAUUUGGAAAGCGAUUAACUGGUCAUAAAACUGUUAGUGGGCUUUCUUUGCGUAUUGUUCCGUUAACUUACUAUACUAAUGGCAAAUUUAUAAACAUAUUAUAGGAGCUUGGUUUUAUGUGGGUAAAUGAGCGGAUGAUUGAUGAAUGUUUGUGGCAAUAGUAAUUUGUAAAUCAUUUCUUGUCAAAAGUAUAGAUUUUUUCUGAAA